AUGAAGUAUUUAGUGCUCUCUCUUGCAGCUCUCGUGAUACCGUCUUUGAGCUAUCCGAGUUGCUAUAGGAUGCCUUAUCUCUCACGGCCAGCCCAUCCUCUCGAUGCUGGUGAAAUUCCUAUAUUCAAUGUCGCUUCGUUCGGCGUCAAUGUGGACGAAGAACCACAGGGGAAUCAGUACUACAUUCCACCCGGACAACAUAUUUCAGUUGCAGGUGCGCAAGAGGCGGAUAUCAAAUUUAACGAGGAGACAGAAGUGAGCUAUGUUUCUGGUAAUGACGGCACAUUCAACUAUGUUAUCAAUCCGAUUGGAGAGAAUCCCCAGUUAUGUAUACACGUUUCACCUAAUGGAUGUGGUUCUCUGAACUGGUGUCCUGGAGAUCCUCCAACACCCCCAGUGACAUGUAAUGAUGGUACUGAGCUUUAUGUAACAUUGUAUCCUCCUCAGUAA